AUGAUUGCAUGGCUGUGGAAUACAAGUGCUGUUACAAGUGUUGUGGAUGUGGAAGGUUGCGUUCUUCUAGGUGUCCGGGUUCUGGUCUCGUUGAGGGAAUGUAGCAGAGGGAGCAGUGUAUUAACUUUAUGGGCAGAGGUUGGAAAACGAAAAGGACUCUCCGAAGCGAUCGUUGGAAUUGAAGCAAACUUUGUUGUAACAACAAAAAAUGCCAAAGGACAACAAUGUUACGAAAAGCGUGACCGAGUAACUGUGCAAACAAAAAGCCAGCAAGGCCAUGACUGCACGGAAGAAGUGCAAGUGAAAGAUGGAAGCUACAAAGUCAGCUAUUUCGCCAAAGAAACCGGAAGAUGCCAGGCAGUAAUCAAAGUGAACAAAGAAGAAGCUCAAGGUAGUCCUUUCCCGGUUCAAGUUUCACCCAGACAAUUCAGACCCGUGUUAUCUUUUGGACAACAAGGUUCGUGUCCUGGAAUGUUAAGGAAUCCCUGGGGAUUGGCAGUGAAUGAACGUAAUGAAAUUGCAGUGACUGAGGUGAAUAGCCACAGAGUUCAGGUAUUCAGUUGCGAUGGAACUUACUUAAGAUCUUUUGGUAUCAUAGGUGAUAAACAGGGAGAGUUAAACUGGCCUGCUGGGAUAGCUUUUGAGAAAAACAAUAACAUCGUAGUGGUGGACAAUAAUAACAACCGUGCCCAAUUGUUCAGUGAGCAGGGUGAGUACCUGAGCCAGUUUGGUGGUUAUGGAAAUCUUGAUCACCAGCUGUUGAAUCCUCACGGGUUAUCUAUAUAG